CGCAUCGUUCGCUUUGUUCCCAUCGUCUCUCUCUUCCUGCGACAACGUUCGAGGGAAAGUUGUCAUUUUUACCAGGCACUUGAAGCCAUCGACUCGCUCUUUCAACCGAGAACCAACAAUCAUCUGCUGUGGCUGGUCGCAGACAGAGUUCAAGUUCAGCAAUCGUCGCUCGUAUACUUACACUCGCAUUAGUCUAUACCCACGCUUGCCGCCAACAUGCAGUUCGCGGCCCCGCCACGAAAUUACGGCCCCUGGGGCAGCACUAUUCCCUCCCGACAUUUCACCACCCAACCUCCGCCGCCGCCCUCAUCCGAACCGGACGACGAGUGGAAACGGAAACUACGCACCGAAAUCGAGCGCAACUUUCAGGAGAUGCUCACGGAGGCGAAGGUCCGCCUGGAGGAACAAUGCCGGUCGGAUAUGUCGCGCAAGGCGGAGUUCGUCAAUGAGUACAAGCAGACUGAGCGGCAACUUCGCAAAUACUCGGAGGAGCAAUACCAGGAGAAGUGCCAGUACGAGCGCGACCUGCGCCGGUCGGCUGCUGGCAAUGCCACGCCACCCAACUAUCUGCUCAAAGAACAACAGAAUAUCAUGAACAAUCUCAGUCGACCUCCGCCACGGGAACCUGUCGAUCGCCCCGACUCGCAGUCCCCUCCGCUAUUCCCUCGCGUUGAGGAUUACGCGCCGAAGUACACCAGCGCGAGCGCCUCCGCAACCGCGCGUGUGGCGCAGUCCGGCUUCCACCAUCUCCGCGGCUCGUCUAGCGCGGGGCAGCUUGCGAACCACCUCAAGCCUCUCUCGAGCGCGUCCCGCUACGCCUCGCGUGAGGCGCCCGCUUCCGUGCCCGACUCUAACCAGCGCAAGCGCGACGACGAGGCGCGGCGCGAGGAAGAGCGCAAGAUCAGGGAAGAGCGCGCGGUCAACGAGCGCAUGGCGGAGGAGGUGCGCGCGCGGACGGAGGUGCUCUCCCACUGGCCCGUCGAGACACGAUCGGAUAGCAGCCUUGCGUUUUUGCAGGCGCCGCCCGCCCCCAGUGAUACGCAGGACGUGGCGCGGCGGCCCGCAAUGGCAUCGGAUGAUAAUCGCGUGCAGAUCGGGCGCGAUAUGCAUGCGGGGGAUAAGAUCGACCUGCUUUUGCGGCAGCAGGAGGAGCUGCGGAGGCAGCAGCUGGAGCUGAAGGCGCUCGCGGAGGAUUUGAGGAGGAGGGAGGCGGAGGUGUCGAGGAGGGAGGAGACACUGAGGGGGAGGACCGAUAACGGGGUGGGGCGGUACUAUCAGGAGGAGGUGCGCCGGAGGGAUGAGCUGCUUGCGCGUCAGUUGCAGGAAGAUGAG